AUUCUGGGUAAAAUACUUGCUUUCCGCCAUUUUGGUAAUGAACGGAGUACGGUUUUAUUAGAAGUUUUUAGAGGCUUACAUUUUAUUGUUCUUGAAUUCUAACUCAGUAGCCCUUUCAGGGAUGCACCAGGAUCAGUGAUAUAUUGUACAGUAAUGUUUGCAAUGAGUGGAAGAGAAAGCAAGAAAUCUAAAGGUCGGAGAAACCUCUACUCUCACUCUCAUGCAAAGAGCUCGGCUAGCUCUGCACACAACACAGGGCAUUCCGGAGUCUCGGUUGCUUCAGCUUCUUCUAUCGGUGCGGCUAGUGGUGUAACCACAUCGCCGUUUCAGCCUUUUGGGAACAGUCUGACAAUGAAUGUCUGCGAUGUUGCCACUGAGUUUGGAAGUUUGAAAACGCCGUCUGAAGACACGGAGCAGAAGAUUACAGAGCUAAUGGAUGCCCCAGUGGAUCUUGAUAUCCCAGCCCAUGCCAUAAGCCAAGGUCAGAAUCCCUAUGUGGACCACUGCAUGUACUGCAGCGCUCCCCGCACUGACUCUCAGGAGGGGGAUGAAGGAUUGGAAUAUUUGGAUUUACAGCUGGAUGGAAACCCUGUGAUAAACAGUCUGACAAGUACCCAGUCUUUCAGUUCACUGAAAUUACAGAUCUGGACAUGUGCAAAAUGCCGGAAAGUAGCUGGGAAUUUUCAGUCCUUCUUGGAGACUCACCUGCCAUAUGAUGUUCCAUCAUUUUUACAUGAAAAAGGGGCCUGCACCGACUCAGUGUCUUGUGAGAAAUGCAUUGAGGAACGGGAUAUUCACGAGAGAGAAACUCAAGAACUGCAGGAGAACUGGGUGGAGCUUAGAUCUAUAGUAAAGGAAUUAUACAGCAGUGAGGAAGAACCUGAUCUCUCAGAAGAACAAGGGGACAGGCUCAAGUUUCUUGUUGAUAAAUUAUGCAGCCGAGACCCACACCAAUUGUUUCUGAGGCUGGAGUCUCAGGUUCGAGAACUGGUGAUGGGAAUCAAGACAAGUCUUCUGGAGAAGUUGACACAAGAUGGUUACAACACCCCUGAACUGUCCCUGGCAUUCACCAGCAGUAUGCUGUGGCAUUAUGAUUUGCUCACAAAAAAGGCCCAUCUUCUAGCGCAGUAUCUAGGAGGGCUGAGUGAACACUUGUGUCGGUUCAAGGUGACGUGGGAGUUGUUGAACAAACAUUUGUUCCAGUUUAUUGUCCACAUAGACCCCACCAUCAACAAUAGUGGACCUACAAUCUUGGAACAGCUGAGGCAAGGUUCACUGAAACAUGAAAAGUCCAAAGAUGACCCUUACUGUGUGGUUCGAAAACGACUUCUCAAAUUUCAAGAACAAAUGUCUGUUGUUGUGGUAGUGUGGCGGGACUGUCAACAGCUGAUAGAAAAUUAUUGUCAGGAGGAAGUUAAGAAUACUCAAAAGCAGGUUCAGAUAUUGAAAGAACACCUCAUCAAAGAACCUCUGAUGGAUGAAGCGUUAUCAGAAACAAUGAGAAAUCUCAUGUCUGGUCACAAGCCUUCAACUGAAAGAGUAAAAUGUCAUCGGUGUAAAAGAGAAAGGUGCACCUGUGAUGAAUGCACCAUCACACACAUGAUCACCUGCGGGAUUAUCAACAAUGACAAAGGGGAAAUCCCACCACCGCCAAACUCCUUUAACUUUGCACUUGACCACACUCGAAAUGUAGUGAUGGACAUAACCCCGCCUUCCAUGUCGAGCACUACUUCCAGCAGUGGCUCCGUCUCCCCCAUCAACAUAGAGGAUAAGCUGACCACCUUUUAUGACUAUGACUGUGAAAAAGCCCUCAAAUAUGAUUUCAGUGAUGCCCUACUGAAUCGUAAUGUGCAGGAGGGAAAAGCCUCACGAUUUAGAGAGUGCAACACAGAUGAAAGAUUGAGAGAGUGCGACACGGAUGAUAUUGAUGACAACGCAGGAGAUGAUGAAGAUGAAGAGGAGGAUGAGGAUGACGAAGACGACUUUCCGGAUAGUCAAGAUGCUGGUGGUGAUGAACCUCAUACUCUUCAGUUUCAACCCAGACUGGAUCCAGAAUUAUCACGUCAACUUGAUGCAGAGUUGGCAAAAUCUGGUCUGUUACCCGGUGGAGCUGGCGACGAGGGCUCCUCUGUCGGAGGUGAUGAUGUGGAAGAUAGUCGGGUCAGUGCUGACAGCAAUGUCAGUCCUGGAGUGUUUGCUGCCUGCCAGUGCCAUGCUUGCUUGAAACAGAGUGGCCAUAUGAUUUCCACGUCUUUGCCUCUUCAGGUACCAGUGUCCCCUCCGCCCGCACAGCUCCACCUGUACUCGCACAUUUAUGGCGACGGUCUUCCCCAGCAGCACCCUCAACGCUUUAUGUUUGACCUGCCUGCCCCAGUCAUGCCCCCAGCCAAAGUGCCAGGAAUGCAAGACCAUAUCUAUCAUGCAUACAGUGACUGGGAUAACACUAUGCAGCCUCGACCUGGUUCACUAGCGGCACAGCACCAUCACCAACACCAUCAGCGUCUUUCUGCUCUCACCUCAGACCUGUUGCCUCCAGCCCCAUUGGCCACGUCCUCCCCGCCCUUCAGCUUUGACUCACACCUGGCAACGCACACCUCUCACACAUCCACCAUCACCGCCAGCGCUUUCAAGUCUAUGGCCGGCAAGCACCUGGCCUCCUCCAUUCUUCCAUCCUUGGGUCACCUUACAGCAGAGGGGAGCUCAGUGGAUCCUACCAAACCUCUGGACUUUGCUUCCUUGGCCAAAAUCCCCCAGUCAUGCCUGAAUGUGGCGAGCCCCUGCUCCCAGUCCUCCUUCUCUGCCUCUUCCUCUUCCUCUUUUUCUUCCCCGUCGAAUGUUGUGACAACCUCCACCUCCACAUCGUCGGUUACCUCAAAGUCGAGUGGCUCCAGUCAUGGGCCGCCUUGUUCUCGGCCGUCCCCUGUAGGGGGCAAUGCGGUGGCCAGUAAGUGGGAGAGGGGACAGCACCCUCCCCAUUGUAAAAAGAUGAGUUCUGGUUUCCUGAACAAGUCUGGUGUUGGAGCGGGUGGUGGUCUACCCGGAGCCCCCCACCCUCCCCACAGCAUGGGGAUGUUGCCCUUCUCUAAUGCCCCCCACAGUGCACCCCCUCCCCUUCCCCCCUCACAGGCAGGCCUCAAGAACUUGGCCAAUGCUGGUGGCGGUGGAGUAGUUAGUGGCGGUGGACAUAGGGAAGACAUGUUCAAAACUCUGCGUUCCAACCUACCUUGUGCCCACGCCUCCAACCCUACCCUCCGGCCGGCUGCCCCAAUGGGCGGCCCCUCGGUGCACCACUCUGGUUCGCUCACUGCCCCAAAUGCCCUGCCUCACCAGGCGCUCCCCAUGGCCUGCAGCAAUGCCAGCAGUCUGCCUUCUGUUGUGAAUAACAUUGGGGUGGGCACCUCAUUGCCUUGCAGUGACCCAGCUUAUGAAGGGCAUCAUCUGGAGGACAACUGUGACAGUGUAGAUGACAGUUGCUCCGAGAAAAGUUCCAGCACCUCCACUUCCAAUCAGAAAGAAGGCAAAUACUGUGACUGCUGCUACUGUGAAUUCUUUGGUCAUAAUAAUCCUCAGGUUGCAAAGACAAGUACAAACUACAUUGAAAUGAAAGACAGGCUCAGGAAAAAGUUGAAAAAGCGGCAAACUGAGACCAAGCACAGAGGAGGGAGUCCGAUAAAUGGCCAUGUAAAAAGUGAAAAUGACCUGAAAGAUCCUCUUGAAAAGAAAGGCCUGGAAGGGCUACUCAGCUUUAUCAAUGGUACUGAUGACAGUGGCCAAGAUCAAUGCAAGCAGAAAGAUAACAAAGAGUUAACAGCUAAAGCGGCAAAGCGAGCAAGGCAGAAACAGAAAAAGCUUGAGGAGAAGGCGAGAUUAGAGAAGAGUGUUUCACCUAGUGAAAAAAAUCGAGAGCCAGAGCCAGAACUCUCUCUUAGACAUUUGUUACACAACCAAACGCUCAACGUGGACACUCGGCCUGAAUCUGACGGCAAGGCAAGCAUGGGCAAACCCAAACUGCGUAAGUCUCCAGCUGAGGCGGCAACAAAGAAAGAUAGUCAGAGGGAGAACACUGCCCCACCAGCAGCCAAGUCACAGGAGAUUCCCAGGUCUUCCUUAAUUAUCGAGUCCACAAGGGCCACAAUUUCCCGCUCCUCCAAAGAUCUGGACAAGCCUAUCUCAUCUACCCAGCAAAGUCUCCAGUCGAAUCACAGCAGUAAGAGACCGACACAGAUGAUGCAAUUUUUUGAGUCCUUCAAAAAUAACAGUGCGGUAAAUGCUGUGUCCUUCUCUAAAACACCAGGGCCUGUGAAAAAUGAAACGGUGUCUAGUCCAGCUCCAUCCAAGCAGCUGCGGGUUGUGCUGCAGCCGAAACAACAGAAACGGCAGGCGUCUCCGGCCACCAACAAAGUCACUAAUGGGAAGGUAUCGGUUCAUCCUCAUUCCUCGGUGCACACCAAUCACACAACUUCAAAUGGCAGGUCUUCUUCCGUGGCUGCUGCUGCUGCUGCUUUUGUUGCCGCUAGCAAGCCAGGAUUGACCCAACCGGCCCCAACUACAAAUGGCUUUGUGAAGACCAGUACGUCAACAACUCCCGCUACAGCCGCUUCUAAGACAGUGCCUGCCCGUGCCCCUGCCUCGGCAGCAGUAACGAGUGCUUCCCCAGCAGCUCCCUCGGUGACAGCAGGGAAGGCAAAUGUCCCAGACAGCCCUGGGGCUGGCAGUAACAGUUCUGCCUCUCAGUCGCCCUCCAGUGGCACCAAGCCUGCGGAAGUGACCAAGCCAGCUAAAGCAAAGAAAAACAAGAAAAAGAACAAGAAUGGUGAUUUAAGCUGUGUUGAUGAAAUUUUUAUGCCCAAAUCUGAAGCAGAGCUAGAUGGGAAUGUGGACGAAUUUGAGAGGGAACUGGAAGAAUUCAAGAGGUUCUGUUUUGAGCCUGCACAGCCCAGAGAAAGGAGAAAGAUCCCUGUGAACGUCAACCUGAAGGACAUCUUCAAGAAAAAGACCGGCCUUGUUUAGAAAUUUCUAUCUAUUUCAGUUGGAAUUAUCUUGGAAUUUGAUACAGUUGUCUGCGCCUAACAUCCUGUCGCUUAUAGUCCAAGUUUGCUUUUAAAGAACAGGAUUUCUACUCUAAAAUUUGUAACCCCUAGCAGACUGGCAACUCUUUACUCGUUACAAAGACCUUUCUUUCUAGGGACACAUUUUGCUGAUUUCAAAGUAUGGGGUGAAUUUUUUUUGUCUCCGUCUUUUUUUUUCCAGUACUAUUCACUCGGCAUCCCACUUUUUCUAAUUCCUGAGCACAUGGGUCUCAGGCAAAGACUACUGUACUAUUUUUGAAAACUGCCCUUGAAAUGGGCUCAUUUCAGGAUGUUGCAUGUCAGUUUUAGUUUUAAGUGUUUGGUAGCUAUUUAAAAUUGUGAAAAGAAUCCCCAAAUUUUGCUUGACACUGAAACAUGAAUUACAUUAUUCUGCCUAGUUCAUUACAUUUUUAGUGAGAAUUGUUUCUGCGUCUGCUUUAAACAAUGCAAAUGCCAGUUGCUCAGAAUUUACCAAACUGGAGUUCCUCUGGACUCUCAAGUGAAGUGUUGAAAUUAUUGCCUUGAAGGACUUGCUCUUCAUGUUUGCUUUUGUCUUUUCUAAGCAAGCAAAUAGGAUGAGAGGCAUGAAUGGUUCAAAGUAUGAAGCUGUUGCCCAACUAAAGGAUUAGUUGUGGCGCAAAAUGCAUUUGCAGUGUUAAUUCUUCAUGCCCACGACAUUGAUCGAUUACAUUGACGUGGUAAUUUUUCUUGUUGCGUUAAUGUUUUAUCUUAGUUGGGCUUUUUCUUUUCUCAGAAGUGUGUUGACUGCAUGAUAAUCUACUGUAACUGGUGUUUUCUACUCAUUGCAAUGGGUCUUUUGGAGCAAGUCCGGUGUACCACUGGUAUGCUUUAAAAAGACGUUUUAGCCUUUGGACUUGCAUAUAUACUUCUGCUAAAAUCAGUAUUCUGGAUGCAAAUUUGCAUGUGAUUUUUUUUUGUCCCCCCCCCGUACUCUAUUUUAAGAGAUUUUGAAUUUUAAAACGGCUGCUUUGUUUGGUUGAAGGAUACCAAAUUCUGUGCUUAUAAUUGCAUCAGUCUUUGCUAAGCACAAAGCAAGGCAGAAAGACUUAACGUUGAUGUUGACUAGCCCUGUGGGCAUAAGGCAUUGAAUGGGCAGAUUUGCGUCUUGUAGAACAAAAACCACCAAACCUCUGUGCUGUUUUUUUAUGCACUGAUGUGGAUUUUAGUAUGACUCACAUGACAUAUGCUGGCAUUUACAAAUGUAACGUAUGGCACAUAGCGCAGACUUUCCAUUUACCAUACUGUGGUGCAUACACUGGUAUGGAUUUCUCUCCCCCCUCCCCAUCCCCCCUUCCAUAUAAACAAGCCCCCCUGCAGAUGGGCCGUUUAGUCACUGGCCUGAUUGUGUGUAUCUCUGGUUGAUGUGCUGGCUUUUGUGUUAUUGUAUGCUGGCCAGGGUGCCUGGGGGUGUUGCUGAGAGCAUGGCCUGCUCAUGGGCUGCCCCUUCCUUUCCCCUGGAUCAUUCACCUCCUCAGAGACUUGCUGGGCUGGUGGUGCUCCUAGCUUGUUGCUGUCGUGGGAGGGCCGAGGAAGGAAUGUGUGCACAUUGUCACCCAUUAUACCAUGCAUUACCUUUGGGUUAACAAUACAUAAUGUACUUUUUCAUUGA